GGUACCUAGCCAAGCUCCAGUGAGCAGGAAACAUGUCCACCCGCUAUCACCAAGCUGCUAGUGACAACUACCUGGAGCUUCUGAAGGAGGCUACCAAGCGCGAUCUGAAUCUCUCAGAUGAAGAUGGCAUGACGCCCACUCUCCUGGCAGCCUACCAUGGGAACCUGGAGGCCCUAGAAAUCAUCUGCAGUCGAGGCGGGGACCCCGAUAAAUGUGACAUCUGGGGAAACACUCCUUUACAUUAUGCUGCCUCCAAUGGCCAUUCCCACUGCGUCAAAUUCCUGGUCAACUUUGGUGCCAACAUUUUUGCCCUGGAUAACGACUUGCAGUCUCCACUAGAUGCUGCUGCUAGCAGGGAGCAGAAUGAAUGUAUUGCUAUCCUGGAUAAAGCUGCUACCACCCAGAAUUCCAUGAACCCCAAGAAGGUCACCAGACUGAAGGAGCAGGCCCAGAAGAAUGCCAGGAGGCAGAUCAAAGAAUGUGAAAGGCUUCAGGAGAAGCAUCAAAGCAAGAUGGCACGUACCUACAACAAAGAGAACCCUGGGUCCUUUUCUUCUCCCCAGGGGACCUUCUCCAGGUCAACCCUUUCAAAUUCUUCUGCUUCUGGUGGGUUUGGGUCACUGUCUAAGGGCAUUAAAGACACCUUCAAGUUGAAAUUCAAGAAGAACAAAGAUACAGCCGAGCAGGUAGGGAACGAAGGCCAAAGCGGGCAGAAGCAUGUGAUAGAAGUAUUCAGAGAGGAGGAAGAAGAGUCAUUCCAAGAGGACUUCAAAGAGAAGCUCCGGUUCUCAGAGGUCAGUGAUGUGCAUCAUGAGUCCAUUCUCAAGCGUCCAGGUCUAGGAAGUAUUGUUUUUAGAAGGAGCAGAGUGCUGAACCCCGAAGACAUAUCAAGCAUCAAGAGGGAGUUGGAAUUUAAAAUGCCCAGUGAAUUGUUUCAAAGACAAGGAGCAGUAAAAGCUGAUGAAGAUGAGGCUGAUGAGGAGCGAGAGGAAACCAGCAUCGCAUGUGAUCUUCCUUGGAAGGAGGAAGAAGUGGAGUGGGAGGAAGAUGUGGUUGAUGCAACUCCCCUGGAAGUGUUCCUGCAGUCUCAGCACCUGGAAGAAUUCCUUCCCAUUUUCGUGAGAGAACAGAUGGAUCUAGAAGCUCUGUUGCUUUGCUCUGAUGAGGACUUGCAGCAUAUACAAAUGCAGCUGGGGCCCAGGAAGAAAGUUCUUAAUGCCAUAAACAGAAGGAAGCAGGUGUUACAGCAGCCUGGGCAGCUGGUCGACACCAGCCUCUGAUGGAAGGUGUUGAUGAACAGGGUGAGCCUGCAGCAUGGGGGUGAUGCUGUGGCUCACUGGAAGCACUCCGGAAAGCACCCCUUCUCCAUCCAGCAUCAGGCCACCAAGAAUAGGUGCUAGGGCUUGAGAGAUGUCCCCGUUAGAGGCCCAGACUCUGGGAAAUACCUGUGCCUAUCUAAGUAAACCAUCAGUGGGAACACAAUGAGACCUUGGGACAAGAAAACAGCAUUUCUCUUCAGUUAUCUUGUUGAUAUUUUUGAACAAAUGGCUGUUGGAUGAUAGAAACAGGAAAGCAAUUUGUUUUUCUAACUCUGCACUUAAAAUUAUAUUCUCAUUACAUUAGCCUGCUUCUGAUCUGCAUAGCGUAGAGAUCCUAGUUCUGGUACGGUCCUUAGGCCUGUGACUUUGACUUCUGUGGAAACCAGUCUCUCUCACUGGUAUGAAACUCAAAAGCCCAACUUGAAUGAUGCUUUAACAGAUGUUUACAAGAACAGAGUUGAGUUUAUAGAACUCCUUGUUUGAAAAUGAGGACAGAGUGGAGGGAGGGAGACUGCAGAAAGAGAAUAUGGUAUGCCUGUUGUGGAUUGAAUUGUGUCCCUUCUAAAAUUCGUGUUGCUGAAUCUCUAACCCCCAAAGUGAGCAGUUUUGGAGAUAGGGACUUUAUAGAGGUGAUUAUAAUGGUAAAUGAAGUCAUAGGAUGGGCUCUUAAUUCCAUAUGACUUAUAAGAAAAGGAAGGUGUACCAGAGAUAUGCUCAGAAAUGGAGAAAAGAGAUCACAGCAAGAAGAUGGCUGUCACCAGCCAAGGGAGAGACCUUGGGAGACACCAAACCUGGGGUCAGUUUGGACUUUCAGCCUCCAGAGCUGUGAAAAACAAUUUUCUACUGUUUAAGCCACUCUGUCUACAGUGUUUUGUUAUGAUGGCCUGAGCUGACAAAAAUGAAAUGUAAACAAGAGGUUGGUGAAGGAGAAGCAGGGAGGAUUCAGAAAAUGGAUGCCUGGCCCUUUUCAUGAUUUUUCUGGGGGUAAUUGCCCCCUGAAAUUUAAAAAAGGAGGGGAAAAUCUAGCUGUUUUUAGGAAGAUUGGUUGUAAAAGUAAAUUUUAAUACUCAU